AUGGUGCAGAACGGCGAUCCCACCGGAAUGUACCACCUCAUCUUUGGCAGGGGAUUGAACACGGUUGUUUGCAAUGCCCUCGGCGGUACGAGUCUGAUGAACGCCAAUGUCUUCCUGGAGGCAGACAAGGAGACAUUGUCUAUGCCGGUCUGGCCUGAGGAAAUUAGGAAGGACCCUAGCAGUCUCGAUAAAUACUAUGAUUGGGCCCGAAAAGUGCUCGAGCCGAUGCCAUAUCCCGACGACUGGCCCGAACUGCCCAAGGUCCAGCUUCUGAAGAAACAGGCCGAAGCUCUCGGCAUGGCUGACAAGUUCAGAAUGGUGCCCCAAACGACGCGAUUCCGCAACGGUCCCAAUAGCACUGGCGUUGAAAUGGCGCCCUCUGCUUUGACGGGACAAGAUUGCACCGGUGUCAAUGAUGGAUCCAAGAACUCGACUCUCGUCACAUACUUGGCUGAUGCUUGGAACUGGGGUGCCGAGAUGUUCUGCGAAUGUGAGGUCCGUUACAUCAAGAAGGCUGAGGGUCGCGAGGGCUACAUCAUCUACUUUGCUUGGCAUGGCCGGAACAGGGGCCACUUCAAGGCGAACCUUCACGACGACCUCAUGUGGGUACACGCCAAAGAGUGUGUCUUUCUCGGCGCCGGCUCAGUUGGAACCACGGAAAUCCUCCUUCGAAGCAAGGAGAUGGGUCUUCCCAUGAGUGACCGUGUCGGACAGAACAUGAGCGGCAACGGCGAUAUGCUAGCUUUUGGAUACAACACCGACUACGAAGCCAACGCCAUUGGCAAGCCCUUCCCCAAUCCUUAUAACCCUAUUGGGCCGACCAUCAACUCCAUCAUUGACGAUCGUGCGGGUCACGAGAAUCCGCUUGACGGCUAUGUCAUCGAAGAGGGCGCCAUCCCUCGCGCCCUGGCCCCCUUCCUCCAAACCCUCCUAGAGAUGAUGCCUGGCAACCAGGCCCCUACUGGCGAUUCUUUCAGCGAGAAGGUUCGCUCGAGUCUCGCAAACUACAAGAGUCGUUUCUGGGGCCUUAUGCCCAGGGCGGUUCUUUGGACAACACCCAGGUAUACCUGGUCAUGUCACAUGACAGUGAGCAGCCAAGCCAUGUUGACCCUAAAAGACGACAAGCCCGUGCUGGAAUUCCUCGGCGUAGGCCGCAGCGAUCAGGUCAAGAAGCUGCAUGAUCUCCUCAGCAAGGCGACGCAGGCCGUUGGCGGCACAUUUGUACACAACCCAUUCUAUGCCUUGAUGGGCAACCAGCAGGUCACCGUUCACCCCAUUGGUGGUGCUUGCAUGGCACGUGAUGGCAGCCCCGAGACGGGCGAAAACCUCAAGAUCCACGAAAAGCGCAAUGGUAUCAUUGAUCUUUUUGGCGAGCCAAAAUAUUCACCCCAGAAGAUGAAGAAAGCAAAGCUCGAUGCGGAAGCGCUGGAGAUCAAGGAGGCAAGCUCCAAGAUUUCACGCGCCAUGGUUUCGAAUGCCGCUGGUUUUGGCUUUACCGAGGUCAUGUCUGGCUUCGUGCACCGCGACACUGGACUCACCGGCGACAAACGUAGCACCUAUGAGUUGGCAUACCGAACGGCCAAAAGCCUCUGCGAGAGCGCACGCUUCUUCCUCAGCGUACAAGCAUUCAACACGAGGUCGACCAUUCAGGAGCCGGACCACUCGGCAAUGCUGACCGGCACUUUUGUCUGCCCUGCCAUCUCCGGCUCACCGUUCAUGGUACAACGAGGAGAUUUCAAUCUCUUCAUCCUUGACCAGAAGGCACCAGGGACGCGCAACAUGACCUACGACUUUGACAUGCGCGGCAUUGAUGGCAGGACACUGCACUUCCACGGCUAUAAAGUUGUUGACUCGUCCGUGGCACUGGCUCCGUUCCAGUUCUGGAGGGCUACCAGCACUCUGUAUGUGACCAUCCUGGAGCCGUGUCACGACCUUGAUACAGUCGAAAACUGCGAGGAGCCGUGGCGACUCGGCAAAGUCGUGGCCAAGGGCAUCAUGCAUAUCCAGCCUUCCGACUUUUUCUCGCAGAUCAUGACGAUGACGCCUACGGGGAGCAGCCUCUUGAAGAAGGCCUACAGCGCGGCCAGCUUCCUCACGUACUUCACUCGCAAGUCUCUUUCGCUCUUCCUAGGGCCGUUCACGCCACUACAAUACCCAAGUGUGAGCUACAAUGGCUAUGUCAACGAUACGCCGACAGACGCGUCCUUUGUCAUUGUAGCGCAGGACAAUGUCAAGACAAAGAUGCAUAUGUGGGAGUCGACAAACCCUGACAUCGAGACGAAAAACCUGAUCAUGAUACCUGGAGCGGCAGUGGACCACCAGAUCUACGCGCUGCCCACGAUCCAAUACAACGCGGUCAACUACUUCACGCGGGCUGGCUACCGAGUCUUCAUUCCCGUACAUCGCAUCGGACAGCUCAUGGUAGCGCAGAACAACUGGACGACGUAUGACGCUCGUCUGGACCUUCGCGCUUGCCUCGAGUAUAUCCGGGAGAACUAUGCUGACGGCAAUGCCGAGGGCAACAAAAUCUAUGCCAUCGCGCACUGCAUGGGCAGCGUGGCCUUUUCCACCGGCCUUUUGGACGGGACUAUCCCGAGCGACUGGAUCCUCGGUAUUACAGCCAGCCAGGUCUUCAUGAACCCACUGUGGAGUAGGUUGAACUCUGCCAAGGCCCUCGUGGGGCCGGUAUCUCUGGACAGAGCCUAUAGGACGGUGCUCGGCAGUUGGUUCUCUUGCAGCACCGCAAAGGAUGAUAGCUUCUUCCAGCGCAUGCUCAAUGAGGUCUUGCGCUUCUACCCAGAGGAGCGCGCCGAGAUUUGCAACAACGCCAGCUGUCACCGAUGCACGCUCGUGUUUGGGCGUUGCUGGAACCACCGGAACCUCAAUGAGGCGACGCAUCGGCAGAUCGACCGGUUCUUUGGCGGUGUCAACAUGACGCAACUACAUCUCCUCAUGAAACAAGGCCUCGACGGCCACGUCAUGACGAACGGCCCGCUGUUCCAGCGCCUCACGACUGACCGGAAUAUCCGUCGCCUCAGAGGCAUCCCGUUUCUGCUCUUCGUGGGUCGUGACAACGCCGUCUUGACACCAGAAGCAACAGAGCGGACGUAUGAGACACUGUGUGAUGUGUUCGGAUCCAGCGGCGGCAACCCCGAUGAUGGCAUCCAGUACCGGAGACGCGUGGUCCCUGACUACGGGCAUCUGGACUGCUGGAUGGGACGCAACGCAUGGAAGGAUGUAUACCCAUUCGUGAGGGAAGAGGUGGACCGUGUUUUCAGGGGUGGAUCUUACAGGUUUGAGGAGCCUGAUGACCGAUUUUUGGCUAUGACAGAGAGUGGUGAAUUACUGUAUUAG